CAUUUAUACUUUCUAAUCAAAUGACCAUGUCCAAAUUUGGUGCGAUGCCCUUCCGAGUAUGAUGAGCUCGUUCUUCUUCUCCUUCUUGUUCUUCACUGUCCUCGUCCUUCCACUACAAUACGGUGAUGCCUCUGAGGGAAACGAUCAGUAUCUCGAGUGCAGCCGGCGGUUUGUGUGUGGAGAUAACAUAAAUGUUACAUACCCUUUCUGGGGAGAAGAUAGGCCGUGGCAUUGUGGCCUUGAGGGAUUCCAACUACUAUGUGAAGGUGAAUCCACUUCCAUGGUUUUUGAGGAGCAGAGAUAUAGAGUAUUCAACAUCAAUCAAACGGAUCGAACGAUGAAUCUAUCAAGGGAUGAUCUCGUGAAGGAUCCGUGCCUUUACGACCAUUACCCAAACACCACCAUAGAUAAUCACACACUCCUCCAUUACAGUGAGACAGUGCAAAACAUAAGCAUAUUUUAUGGUUGCUCUGAUCCUGAUUCCGAUCCAAGCACAAAGAUGAUUGGCGAGUUCUCAUGCCCAUAUCCAGGUGACCCAGCAGCCGUAGCCAUCUUUAAAGAAAAUCCCUUGUCGGAGAGACCACAUCCAGAAUUGAAUAGUUGUAGAACACAUAUCAAGGUUCCCGUGCUUCGGAGUUCAGAAAUGCUUCGUUUUUUCCUAAGUGGGUUUGUGAUGGAGUACAGCGUAGAUGAAGCAUGCUCGGGGUGUGAAUUAUCUAAUGGGAUCUGCGGAAGAACUAACGGGUCUUCAUACGGGUUUUCUUGCUAUUGCAAUGAUAAACCUUAUCCCAUUUCCUGUCCUCAUCGAGAUGGAAAUAGCAAUAACACGGUCCGCACAGUUAUCGUUGUGGUUGCCCCGAUUGCUGCUGCAUGCUUAUUGGCUAGCAUUCUCUACGUCUACUUUCGGAGAGUGAGAAAACCGUUCGAAUGUGUGGAGAGAAAUGCAGCUAUGGAUGAGAUCACAACUGCAGAAUCCCUGCAGUACGACUUUGAGACGGUCAGGGCUGCAACUAACAACUUCUCCGAAGAGAACAAGCUCGGACAAGGAGGGUUCGGCGCCGUUUACAGGGGCAAGCUUGCCAACGGACAAGAAAUAGCGGUGAAGAGGCUGUCGCGAGGUCUCGGGCAAGGAGAUCAAGAGUUCAAGACUGAGGUGCUUCUAGUGGCGAGGCUUCAGCACCGGAACCUGGUUCGGCUUCUAGGCUUCUGCGUGAGUGGGGAUGAGAGGCUUCUCAUCUAUGAGUUCCUGCCCAACUCAAGCCUCGACCGAUUUAUAUUUGACCCAGUUAAGCGUCCACAGUUGGACUGGCAAUGGCGCCAAAUGAUUAUAGGAGGCGUAGCUCGUGGACUUGUUUACCUCCAUGAGGAUUCUCGUCUUCGUAUCAUUCACAGAGAUCUCAAAGCAAGCAAUGUUCUCUUAGAUGCAAAUAUGACCCCGAAAAUCUCGGACUUCGGACUGGCCCGGUUGUUCAGGGUGGAUGCAACUCAUAUGGCCACUAGUAGGAUCGUGGGGACAUAUGGUUAUAUGGCUCCAGAGUAUGCACUGUAUGGUCAGUUCUCUCUAAAAUCAGAUGUUUUCAGCUUCGGCGUGUUGGUUCUCGAGAUUGUUAGCGGUCAAAGAUGGAACUGUUUCCGAAAUGGAGAGACGAUAGAGGAUCUUCUAGCCAUUGUAUGGAGAAACUGGAGGGAAGGAACAGUUUCGAAUAUCAUGGAUCCUUCUCUUAGAGAUGGGCCGAGGACCGAGAUGCAAAGAUGCAUUCACAUCGGGCUGUUAUGUGUCCAAGAACAUGCAGCAAACAGACCAAAUAUGGUUUCAGUCCUCCUUAUGCUCAAUAGUUUCUCAAUCUCUCUACCGGUGCCCUCUCAGCCUGCACUUUACAUGCAGAGCAACAUGGACUCGAGUGUCCCAUUUUCAGCAAUGAACAAUUCAAGAGAGACGCGACCUGAUGGGUCGGAAAGUAAAUCUCUCGGAGGUUCUAUCAACGAGGCUUCUAUAACUGAUGUAUAUCCUCGAUAGUUCGAGGCAUAACUUCUUCUAGGAUUACUCUCUCUAG